AUGUAUAAAACUGAAGAUGAUAAUAGCAGUAACAGUAGUAAUAAAGGUGAUGGUGCAUCAUCGAGUAAACAACAAAAAGCACCAUCAGAAUAUAUGAAAGUACAGAGAAUGUUUAGACAGCAAACAAAGAAUGAAUACGGUAGAUCUAUUCCGAAACACAAGAGAGCACCAAUCGAUUAUUCAUCGGUUCUCGACUAUAGAAAUAUAGAUUCAAAUACCGAGGUUAACAAAGAGCGGAUCAUCGAUUGUACGCAGAGUCUAUUCGAUUACUCUAGUGUCAGUAGUGAUACCUCUUACUAUUCACAUCCAUCGACAUGGCGUGUCUACGGCUUGAAAGACUAUCCUGGAUUCUAUUUCAUCCCAUCGGUAUUCAAUGUCAAACAACAGAGAAAAUGGAUAAAAGAUGCAUUGGAACACUACGCAGAGCCACCCAACAACACAAACCUGAACAUCUUUUACGGCGAAGUCAAAGAUCUUUGGAGUAAUGCACAAUCAGAAUAUAUAGAGUUACACGAUCAACUUGCUAAACAACUAUCAUUAAACGAUAAUGAUGAGAAUGUUAAUGAACAACAAGGAGAGGAAGUAGAUAAAAAGAAGAGACCACUUGAUAAGAAUGGUGAAGAACUACCAACCUAUAGAACACUUUUAGAUAAACUUGCAUGGGCAACACUUGGUUAUCAAUUCCAAUGGACACCAAGAAUAUAUUCCGAGGAAUUUCACGAGGCUUUCCCUCAAGAUUUACAAGAUCUUGUUACACAUAUUGCAAAAGCUACGAAAUACGAUCCUUAUGUACCUGAAGCUGCAACCAUUAAUUUUUAUAGUGAAGGUUGUUAUGUUUACUAG